CACUGUUUCGGUACACAAAAUACCCAAGUUGUUAAAGUGAAAAUGGAGCAGUACCAGAGGACAACGAAGGCCUCGACCAUUACACAGGUGGACAUCCUUAUGACGGGAUCUAGAUAUAUUGGCCCCAGCGAUGAGUUGGGCAUGCAGGAGUUGGGUGUCUACAUCUAUCCCGAUGGCACCCGCUACACGGGAGAGUUUAAAAACAAUCAAUUCCAUGGCAGGGGCACCAUUCAGACACCGGAUCCCGCGGGAGUUACUUACCAAGUAACCCAUAGACAUGGCAAGCUAAAGUCGAUAGAUCAGAUGAGAUUCAAUGACUCGCUGCCCGUGGACUUUGAGUUGAAUGACGAGGGUUUGCUAUCUUUCGAAAACUGGUCAUAUUGCUCUCCCGAGGAUCGUCGCUUUCACCAGGAAACCAAGGGACCCCUGGAGCCAGUUGGUCCCAACCUAUUCAAGACCAAAGAUGGACCCCAUCCCCUGGCCAUGGGCCGCAAUGUCUUCGACCUUGGCUUCGGUCUCCUGGGCAAUCGUGGCUUCAUGCUGGACACCAAGGCGUACGCCCACCAGAGUUUGUAUGUGGGCUGUCGGGAGGCGCGUCGUUGGGUCCGGGAGAACUGUGCCCACGGGCCGCUGUGGAAUCGUCACCACAAGCAGAAGGUGAUGGCCCGGUUUGCGCGGGAGAUCAUCCGGAAUAAUCAGAAGAACGCCGGUUGCAGCCGCAAGCACUACAUGCCCAAGAUGCACAUCUGCCGGCGCUCCAGCAGCCUGGAGAGCUUCCCCUCGGAACGCCUCCACCUGGCCAGCACCACGGAUUCCAGCUCCUCGGAGGUGCAGGCAAUGCGGUUGCGCCACCGCGAAUUCCGCGGCAAAUGGAGGCGCUCCAAAAGCGAGAGCAACGUGUGUCGCAUUAAUUGAUCAUUAUGCAUCCCUUGAUUUAUUUUGGUUAUACUUUCUAGGUGGCUUCAAAUUAAUAUAUAUUGUGUGUAGUUGACCCACA